GAUUUAUGGUGAAUGUGUUCGUUGGCUGUUUCCUCCAGUCAAAAUCCAACAUGGCACCUCGUCGAAAAGCACCGGACACAGCAAGGGAAAAAGACCCACCUAUUAUGGCACUAGAUGUCAAGAAACAGAAAGAAUUUGAAGCGAAAGUAAAAGAUAUUAAGUCGAAGGUGGAGGAUACAUCAGAGUUGGAACGUGGUGUUGUUUAUGUCAGACAUAUUCCCCAUGGUUUAUACGAGGCACAGAUGAAUAAAUUCUUUUCCCAAUUGGGAAAGUAACAGAUUACGAUUAAGCAGAAGUAAAAAGUCUGGAAAAUCAAGAGGUUAUGCUUUUGUCGAAUUUGAGUUUGUUGAAGUUGCCAAGAUAGUUGCAGAAACGAUGAAUAAUUAUUUAAUGUAUCAUAAGUUAUUAAAAUGUCAGUAUUUGCCUCCUGAUAAAGUGAUGCCUGCGUUAUUUCGAGGUUGCAACAGGAAAUUUUCAAAACCUAAAGCACAUAAACUAGCUUUACAGAGACACAACAAUUUAGUGAAAGAGCCGGAGAGAUUGGCAAAGUCUUUGAAGAAACUGAAGAGGAAGGAUCGCCAGAAGAAAAAGAGAUUGGAAAGAAUGGGAAUUGAGUGGAACUUUGAUGGAUAUAAUGACAAAGUGUUAAAUGUUGGAUCCCCAGAACCUAAGCCCUCACUUCCAACACCCAAGUCAGGUGAAGACAUUAGGUUCAUCUGCAACGCCUAAAAAGAAGAAAUUAUCGGUAGAACAGUCUCCGGAAAAGACACCAGCCAAGAAAACCAAGAGGAAAUCAUUAACAGCAGAAACACCAAAGUCUGCCAAGAAAAAGAAAGUAGUCACUCCAAAAAAUACUCCAUUACCUGAAAAAGGGGUAAUGAUUUCUACAUCAAAGACAUUGACUCCCAAAACACCACAUCCUAAAACACCUAAAACACCCAAGACCAAGACUGGAAAACCCAAAACACCCCAGUCUAAAUUGCGGAUAAAAACUCCCAAAUCAAAGAAACCACAAAAGUCCCCUCUCAUUGAUGUGAACUUUUUGAAAGAGAACAGUAGUACACCACUCACAAGUAGUGGAAAGAAAAGAAAAAUCAAGGAAUAUCGAUUAUAAGGAAUAAGCAAAGAAAUAAGACAUAUUAUCACUUUAUGCGAAUCACAGACACUUAAAUGAAUCAUCUCUUCAUUAAGGUUAUACCAACAGCUAAUUUAAAGAAAGUGUUAGAAGUGGAUUCCUCUGUUGUAACUGUUUUUUGUCAUAUUUAAAUAAAUAAUACCCAAAACUAGUGAUUAAACGAAUAUGUGCUACA